GAGUAUGCUUUAGCUGUAUUUAUAUAACAGUUCAUGAUGGCAUCUAAAUUGGCUGCUGUGGAGUUAGAGUGUCAAGAAGAGGCAGAGAAAUGCAAUAAAAGUAAUGUAAGCAAUAUUUCUUUGUUGCCUCAAGCCUUCAUGACCCCAAAAUCGAAAUUAGCAAACGCUGAACGGAAGGUGAAGCUGUGGAAGAAUCGUUACAUGGCUCUUCUAGAUCUAACUCGCUUCAAAAGACAGAGUCCAAUGGAGAGGCUCAAGUCAUACAAGCUGCUGCACAAGACUAAACGUCGAAAUAGUGCUGAGAACUUGAUCCUGUAUCUGGAUACAAGGUACGCGAGAACUCAGAAGAAGUAUGAGCAACUGCUCAGCAACAACAGGGACCUAGCCCGCUCUCUGACUGAACAGCGUCUGGAGACUCAACAUUAG